CAGACGAGUACGCCUUCUGGCUGGGCGCGACGGACCAGCAGGCGGAGGGCGUGUGGCAGUGGCUGGACGGGCGCCCCAUCACCGACUGGGGUCGUGGGCAGCCCGACAACGCGAACGGCGAGGAACACUGCAUCCACCUGGGCAACAAGUACGUCCUGAACGACAACGAGUGCACCAAGUUGCGUCGCUUUGUGUGCGAGUACGUCGGGUAAACGCACGGCGAAUCUGAGCAGCGGCGCGGUCAGAGUCGUGUGAAUAAGAUUUUUCUCUGAAUAUUAAUACUUCGCCAAAAGCAGCUUGCUGGAAGAAGAUCAACUCGCGGUUCUUCCCCGAGUGGCUUUGUAUUGUAAAAGGGAAUAUUUGUGUAAUGUAAGAGCUUUCUUGUGAAUGCCUCUCCUUGAUUUUUUCCUCUCUCUUGAAGGGGUUACAGGAAAUAUAUUUUGAGAAAGGGGAGGGCGGGGAGCUGAUUCCCCUUCCAAGGUCUGAGGUGGGAGAGCGCAGAUUCGGAGAAGUUGAAACGCUCUGUUUGCCUAGGAAUUCUAACUGUGGCUAUUUCAUUUAGUACUUGUUUCAGAAAUACUAUCCAUUAAGGAUAUCUCUUUUGGAUUAAGCAAGGUUCAUCAGAAUAAUACUAUAAAAUGACAAAUACACAUUGCGUAUUUGCUACUUAAUGGUAAUAUUUUAUACGAUUUUGAUUUUGAUUUAUGGCUGCGUUGUGUCGUAUGUUUAUAUCAGACUUCAUCAUUAUGUUAAUUACAUUAUAUAUACCCCUGUAUAGCCUGCAUUUUGAAUAAAUAAUGUAAUGUUUUCUGUCGCAUAAUACAUUUUGUGGAGGAUUUGUUACACCUGUAAUAUAAGAUUUAUGUUAAAGGAUAUCAUAUAAUAUUAAUAAUUGUGUCUUCAUAGUGACAACAUAAAUCACUUUUUCAGAUAUAUAUAUGAGUGAUUCUUCUCCGAUUGACAAUAAAUAAUCCUAUACGAUGUACAAGUAAA